AUGACCCAAUUAGGCUUCCUGCUGCUCCUGGUUGUGGCCAGCAGCUGGCACAGUGCAGCUGUUAACUAUACAGAUCCCAUGAGACACACCUGUUCUUAUUCUCCAACUCUGCCCAGAAGCUGCAAGGAAAUCAAACAGAAUUGCCCUGCAUCCCGUGAUGGCCUGUAUUUCCUCUGCACUGAGAAUGGAGUCAUCUACCAGACCUUCUGUGACAUGACCUCUGGGGGUGGUGGCUGGACCCUGGUGGCCAGUGUGCAUGAGAACAACAUGGGUGGGAAGUGCACGCAGGGUGAUCGGUGGUCCAGUCAGCAGGGCAACAGGGCAGACUACCCAGAGGGGGACGGCAACUGGGCGAAUUACAACACCUUUGGGUCUGCAGAGGCAGCAACAAGUGAUGACUACAAGAACCCCGGCUACUACGACAUCCAAGCCCAGGACCUGGAAAUCUGGCACGUGCCCAACAAGACGCCCCUAAAGCAGUGGAGGACACGCUCCCUGCUGAGGUACCGCACCAACACUGGUUUCCUCCAGAAUCUGGGACACAAUCUGUUCGGCCUCUACAAGAGAUAUCCAGUGAAAUAUGGAAGAGGGAAGUGUUGGACUGACAACGGCCCAGUGUCACCUGUGGUGUAUGACUUUGGUGAUGCCCGAAAAACUGCCUCUUAUUAUUCACCCAUUGGCCAGAAGGAAUUUGCUCCUGGAUUUGUCCAGUUCAGGGUGUUUAACAAUGAGAGAGCAGUGAAUGCACUAUGUGCUGGGAUGAAAGUCACUGGCUGCAACACUGAGCAUCACUGCAUUGGUGGAGGAGGAUACUUCCCAGAGCGCAAUCCAGUGCAGUGUGGGGAUUUCUCCUCCUUUGACUGGGAUGGAUAUGGAACCCAUCGGGGUUCCAGCAACAGUCGGGCGAUCACCGAGGCAGCUGUGCUCCUAUUCUACAGAUGA